CUCUGCCUGACGGCACUUCCGGCGAGGGUCGUCUGCUCUGCUCCCGGGCGUCCGCGGCUGGAGGCCUGCGCGGCGACGAGGGUUUGGAGGACAGGAGGGACCUGGAGGAGAGGCCGAGUUGAAUAGGUAUAUAUCAAUAUAAAAACAUGGAUGAAGAACCUGAAAGAACUAAGCGGUGGGAAGGAGGCUACGAGAGAACAUGGGAAAUUCUUAAAGAAGAUGAAACUGGAUCACUUAAAGCUACGAUAGAAGAUAUUCUCUUCAAGGCAAAGAGAAAAAGAGUGUUUGAGCACCAUGGACAAGUCCGACUUGGAAUGAUGCGCCACCUUUAUGUGGUAGUAGAUGGUUCGAGAACAAUGGAGGAUCAAGACUUAAAGCCCAAUAGGCUGACUUGUACUUUGAAGUUGUUGGAAUAUUUUGUAGAAGAAUAUUUUGAUCAAAAUCCUAUCAGUCAGAUUGGAAUAAUUGUGACUAAGAGUAAAAGAGCUGAAAAACUGACUGAACUCUCAGGAAACCCAAGGAAACACAUAACAUCUUUGAAGAAAGCUGUAGAUAUUACCUGCAAUGGAGAACCAUCUCUCUAUAAUUCCUUAAGCAUGGCUAUGCAAACCCUAAAACACAUGCCUGGACAUACAAGUAGAGAAGUACUAAUCAUCUUUAGUAGCCUGACAACCUGUGAUCCGUCUAAUAUUUAUGACCUCAUCAAGACCUUGAAGGCAGCUAAAAUCAGAGUGUCUGUUAUUGGAUUGUCUGCAGAGGUUCGAGUUUGCACUGUACUUGCUCGUGAAACUGGUGGCACAUACCAUGUUAUUUUAGAUGAAACCCAUUACAAAGAGUUGUUAACACAUCAUGUUAGCCCUCCUCCUGCCAGCUCAAGCUCCGAAUGCUCACUCAUUCGUAUGGGAUUCCCUCAGCACACCAUUGCUUCUUUGUCUGAUCAGGAUGCGAAACCAUCCUUCAGCAUGGCGCAUUUGGAUAAUAGCACUGAGCCAGGACUUACACUGGGAGGCUAUUUCUGCCCACAGUGUCGAGCAAAGUACUGUGAGCUUCCUGUUGAAUGUAAAAUAUGUGGUCUUACUUUGGUGUCUGCACCUCACUUGGCACGAUCUUACCAUCAUUUAUUUCCUUUGGAUGCUUUUCAAGAAAUUUCUCUAGAAGAAUAUAAAGGAGAAAGAUUUUGUUAUGGAUGUCAGGGGGAAUUGAAAGACCAGCAUGUCUAUGUUUGCACAGUAUGCCAAAAUGUUUUCUGUGUGGACUGUGAUGUUUUUGUUCAUGACUGUCUCCACUGUUGUCCUGGCUGUAUUCACAAGAUCCCAACUCCUGCAGGUAACCUGGUAACUGUCUUUUCUUCUUGUCAAAAGAGCUGUUAGUGACUUGUAAGACGUGCCUCUAGCACUAUCAGUGUAUUCUUUAUCCUGUACUCCUGCCAUGCUUAGAAGAAAGGCCUUGAAUGUCUCCUCUUGAAGUCAUUAGAGCUGGACAUGGAGAUCCCAGCUCUCGGGAGGCAGAGGCAGGAGGAUCUCUGAGUUUGAGGCCAGUCUGGUCUACAGAGCGAGUUCCAGGACAACCAGGGCUGUUACAUAGAGAAACCUGUAUCAAAAAACAAAACAAAACAACGAAGAAGGAGGAGGAGGAGGAGAAGCAGAAGAAGAAAAAGCAGAAGAAGAAGGAGGAGGAUGAGGAGGAAGAAAGAAAGAAAGAAAGAGAAAGAAAGAAACCAACCACACUCUUUUAGAGACUAUGGCAGCUAGUUUUUGUUUAGUUUUUUUUUUUCUUAAUUUAUUCUUCUCUUAUACAUUAUAUCCUGACAGCAGUUUUCCUUCCCUCUACUCUGCCCAGUUCUCCUCUCCCCCAGAUCACUCCUCCUUGGUUUCCCUUCAGAAAAGAGCAGGCCUCCCCGGGACAUCAACUGAACGACAAACCAAUUUACAGUAAGACUGGACACAAACCCUCAUGUCAAGGCUGGACAAGGCAACCCAAUAGGAAGACAAAGGUCCCAAGAGCAGGCCAAAGAGUCAGAGACACCUCCACUUGCACUAUUGGAAGUCCCUGAGAAUCCAUUGAGUUUGAGGCCACACUGGUCUACAAAGUGAGUUCUAGGGCAGCUGGUGUUAUUACACAGAGAAACCCUUUCUCAAAAAACCUUAAAAAACAAAACAAAAGCAAAAACUAGGAAAUGAGAGAUAUUUAUGUAUUCACCCCCCCCCCAAAGAAAUACUCAUUUCUGAAAACAGUGUGGAGGUGCAACUCUUUAAUCCCAGCCCUUGGAAGCAGAGACAGACAGAUCUUUAUGUGCUUGAGGCCAGCCUGGUCUAUACGGUGAAUUCCAGGACAGCUAGAGAGACAAACACAAAAGAUCCAUCUCCUCCUUCUGUUAGUUCUCUCUUGGGUUCUGUCAUCUGUUUUAGCUGAGUAAGUUGUUUGAAUUAAUAUCUGAACACAGGUGGGAUUGUUUUGGGGGGGUUAUUUUAAAUAGUACUGGGCCUCAUAUAUGCUAGUCAAGAGCUCUACCAUUGACCUACAUCCUCAGCAUCCCCUCCCUUUAUUUUAAAGAGAUUCAAUAUGGACUAGGUGUGAUGGUGCACUGCCUUAAUCCCCACACUGGGAGACAGAGACAGAAGUCUGUGAAUCUCUGGGUAUUUGAGGCCAGCCUGGUUUGUAUAGCAAGUCCAGGACAGCUGCAGCUAUAUACGAGAUCCUGUUUCAAGAAAGGAAACCUCAUAGGGAAGGAGACUCAGUCAGUUUUCCUUAAGGGUGUGACCCCGGGUAGGCCGACCACACUCCAUUGGAUGUCAUCAAGAGUAUAUGGGCAGUACAAAUUCGACCUAAUGAAUUAUUUACUUCAUUUUAUGUGCAUGGAUGUUUUACCAGCAUGUAUGUCUGCACACCAUGUGUGUGCAGGACCCCAGCAACUGGAAGAAGGCAUUGGAUCCCCUGGAACUGUAGUUACAGAUUUUAG